GUUCUAUGGUGUAGGAGGAAAAUAUUACAAUGAGUCACCAUCCUCCAGUUUCCUGUAUUCCAAACACUACGAAGAUGUCGAAAGCUAAGAAAGUCAUUGAAGAAGCUCGGGAGAUAAACAAUCCCGAGAUAGAUUUAGUGGAUAAGGGGAUUUCGAACCUAGAGGAGAUACCUGGGUUGUUCACACUUGCCAACAUCACUCGUCUAUCCCUAAGCCACAACAAGAUUUCAACCGUCCCGGCCGCUCUCGCCAACUUGAUGAACUUGGAGAUCCUGAACCUCGCCAACAACCAGAUCGAGGAAUUGCCCGUCAGCCUAUCUUCAUUACCCAAGCUCCGGAUCCUCAAUGUAUCGCUUAACAGGCUGUAUACACUCCCGAGAGGCUUUGGAGCGUUUCCAGUGCUGGAGAUAUUGGAUCUUACGUACAAUAACUUGAAUGAGAAGACAUUGCCGGGGAAUUUCUACAUGAUGGAGAGCCUUAGGGCUCUGUAUUUGGGUGAUAAUGACUUUGAGCUACUUCCGGCUGAAAUUGGGAACCUUAAGAAUCUACAGAUUCUAUCAAUGCGAGAAAACGACUUGAUUGAGGUGCCUCGCGAGUUGGGACAGCUGACGCGCCUACGUGAGUUGCAUCUACAAGGCAACCGCCUUGUCGUACUGCCGCCCGAAAUAGGAAGCAUGGACCUAGCCAGCAACAAGUCCGUACUCCGCCUAGAGGGAAACUUCUGGGUGCCACCAAUCGAGGACCAGCUCAAGUUAGGUCCCAGCCACGUCCUAGACUACCUGAAGUCUGAGACCUACCGUGUAUUAUACUCCAGGCACGUGUCGGCUCGCCCGCCGCCGCCGCCUCAGACGCUGGAUAAGAGCAAGAAGGCUAGUCGUGCUAGGUCUUAAAACGUUUCUAACACG